CUCAAUGGCAUCACCUUUUGCUUAAAGAGACCAAACCGUGUGAGGCAGAUCAUCAGCAUCAUUCUCCUUUUAAUUUCCAUCCUUCUUUUGAUCCCAUGCUGCCAUGCAUGAUGCAGACUUCUCUAUUAUUCUGCCUUUAUUCCCACUGUUGCUGAGCUAUACAUGAUUCAACUCCACUCCUUGUGUCUUACUUAACCUCUUGGACCUCCUCCAUUCACAUUGUAACAUGGGAUGUAUAUAUAGCCAUCUCCUUUGAAUUUCAUCUGCAGCAGUGCUCCCCAACUCAAUCAAACCAUAUAGCUAGCCACUGCAUUUGUAAUCCCCAAGCAAGAUGAAGAACCCAUUUCAGCUCGGUGUUGGAAUUCGUGUCAGCUCGCUUUCGCACAUUGUCAAGAAGCCACAUUCUGCAGCAGGAUACUUACCUGCAAUAGCCGAUCAGGCACAAUUCCCCAAUAACAGACCUUGUACUGCCAUGGAUUCUCAGCCUUUGAAGCAAGGGCAUGGCAGAAGGAGAGAAGGGAUGCUCACAAGGAUCAACAGUUUGGGAAAGAAAGCUGACACCUUUGCCAACAGUGUUAAGGAGCAUGUGAGAUUGGGACCCAAGAUCAGUGAGACAGUGAAAGGGAAGUUGAGCUUGGGGGCUAAGAUUCUUCAAGGUGGAGGAGUGGAGAGAAUUUUCAGGCAGUUGUUCAGUGUUGAUGUGGAUGAGAAGUUGUUGAAGGCAUCACAAUGCUACCUUUCUACCACAGCUGGUCCAAUUGCAGGCCUUUUGUUCAUCUCGAGCUGCAAGCUCGCCUUCUGCAGCGAGAGAUCAAUCAAGUUCUCGUCACCAAAUGGGGAAUCUAUCAGAGUACGAUACAAGGUGUUGAUCCCACUCAGCAAGAUUGAAAGAAUCAGAGAGAGUGAGAAUGCAAAGAGACCUUCUCAGAAGUAUGUGGAAGUGGUGACUGUGGACAAUUUUGAUUUCUGGUUCAUGGGGUUCCUGAAUCAUCAGAAAGCUCUCAAACACCUUGAACAGGCCAUCUCGAUGAACCAGAGAGUCGGAUUCUAGUUACAGUAAGCUAGGUGGAGAGUGAUUAAUGUGAAUAUGAAGGAAGAAAGAAAGGAGAAGUAAUAAACAUUUAUUGUAGGAAAUUAUUGUGUAGCUAUUUUCAUUAUCGAUCCUCUCGAACUCAAUGGAAAAUCUUGGAAGAGUUAUCUGAUCCCCACUGGUCUUCUUGCCACUGAUUCUUCUCUACUGCUUACUUUCUGCAUUAAGCAAGUAUACAACUUUUUGAUGCAUGACUACAGUAAGCCAUGCUACAGCAGAAUGGAAUUCCCCAAUGAACUUAAAACACUUCCCUAGUUCUCGUUUAUCUCAAAUUCUAAUGAUCGACCACUGCUUAUUUCAGUCACUUGAGUUACAAUCUCAUUUCCUAGUCAUCCAAAAGGCAGAAAACCAGUGCUGAGACUGACUAUAUAUAUACAGCAAUGAUCAUUGCUGUUGCUUAGCUUGUUUGGCAUCAGUCUCUCUCUAUCCUUGCCCACACCAUGAUCAUCAUUAUGUAUUUCUAAACUUGAUAAGUAAGAGCUGCUAUCACCAACAAAAGUCAAUAAGCAGUAUAUAAUACAGAUAGCUUUGUGUUAAUGAAGAAAAGGAGCACCACCACCAAAUGAAUCCCAUUCACAUUUACUUGCAGUCAGACCCAAAAGCAACUUAGAAACACAGUCAGCUGGUUUUUUCUUACUUCUUAACAGUCAUCCUAUUUCAUGUUCCUCUGGGGAAAAAGAAUUCUUUAAUGAAACGUGCAAAAGGAUAAUUAAGAUGGUGAUGAUGCGGAUAUGAGAAGGACAGCAAACAAACAUAACAUGAUGAAAGUCAAUAUCCAAAGCCAACCCAAGACCAGACCAGUCUUUGUUUAGGUUCUUGGAGGACCAUCCAGAGUAUUAUAUUUAAUGUUUGAUUGAGGAAUGUGAGAGAAAGGGAGCUAGAGCCCAGUCAGUAACACAUCAACCUUGCCUAGGAUGACAAGGAAAGCUGAUAAGCAGCAUCCCACAGCCCACAUGCAGUGCUGGGAUGAGUGGCUGCAUAUCAUAUAUGGUGUCCAAUGCAAUUGGAAUUGCAGGUGUUGGUCGGUUUUGUGCAGUUGGAUGCAAUCUAUCUACUACCUAAAACUGGCAGUCUGGCUUGCAUGUUACCACCUUAAUCUACACAAACCCAUUUUCUGGGAUAUACAAAAAUGACCAGACCGACCACCUGCCCACUAGAUUGAUUCAGCUCCUCAAAAGGGUGUUAUGCCCUUUGCUUUCUCAUUAAGGGAUCAGAAUUUUUUGAAAAAAAAAGCAAAAGAGAAUGGAGGAGCAGGAGGAGAUUGUUCCUGCUUUGCUUGCAUCAGAAAGCUAAGAAGCCAGCUCAGGGAAAAACUUUUAAUCAAACAAAAGCAAAAGU